GGCAAUUUAACCAAGAUGACCGCAAAACAGUUUAUUCAAACAAUACUUCUUUUAAAAAUCCUCGAAGUGUACUCCCUUGUAAAGUUCCCAACAAAGAAGUUCGGAUUGUCCGGCCAUAUAGAUUGGCGAGUGCACUCUAAGCGGGAAAAGGUCAAGGAGAUGAUGCAGUUCGCCUGGAAGGGAUAUGCCGAAAAUGCCUGGGGCUUUAAUGAACUGAACUCGGAGCUGGGUGUUCCGCACAAUGGCAGUGUUUUUGGAAGUCACCACAUCGGGCUGAGCAUUAUCGACAGCCUGGACACUCUGUUCAUCAUGGGCUUGCAGGAGGAGUACGAGCAAGGCCGGAAAUGGGUGGCGGAUAACUUCACCCUGGACCACAUCGAUGGUUACCUUUCGGUGUAUGAGCUAACCGUUCGCAUCGCAGGUGGUCUCCUCUCGAUGUACGCCUUGACUGGAGACGAUCUGUACAUAAGCCAGUCUGAAUAUGUCAUAAGAAAACUUUUGCCAGCUUUUAAUUCCUCAGUACUUAUACCAUACGCCAGGGUAAGCCCCGCACUGAAAAAACCUGCUCCCCAUGUGUGGACACCUGAAUCGCUUAUCGGCGAGAUCGGCAGUAUGAACAUGGAGUUCUUUUACACCAGUGAGAUCACUGGGCACCGGAAGUACCGACCCAUAGUGCAUCAGGUGCGGGACAAGCUGGACAUGUUGUUCAAGCCGCGUGCCAUGUAUCCCGACUAUGUUCAUCCCAGGACAGCCAUCUGGGGACCCCUCAAGAUGUCCAUGGGACCCACGGGCGGCGGAGGUCUGUACGAGUGCAUGCUCAAGUCGUGGCUGCGGUCGAAUCAACUGGACAACCAGGCACGUGACCUGUAUAUGAGGGCUAUCCACCAGGCGAUCAACAGCAUGGUGGGACUGAGUUUUGGUGGCCUGACCUACGUGGGCGAGCUGGCCAAUUUUCAUGUAAUCCGACGGAUGGAGCACUCAACCUGCUUUACCGGCGGACUCCUUGCUUUGGGCUCCAUGGCCUUUUUUAAUGAUUCCCGGCUGGAAGCCAAGCACCUGCAGUUGGGCAAGGACCUGGCCCUAACCUGUCGUGAGAGUUAUAAACGUUCAGCCACUGGCCUGGGACCGGAGUCCUUUCAGUUCGACUCUGUGCCACGGGAAGAUGCCACCGCCAGGGAAAGCGAUUCGAAGGCCUAUCGAUUGAGACCGGAUGUGGUGGAGACCUAUCUUAUACUGUGGCGCCUCACCCACGAUCAGAAGUACCGCGAUUGGGGCUGGGAGGUGGUGGAGGCCCUGGAGAAGUAUUGCCGCACAAAGUUCGGUUUUGCUGGUCUGGAGAAUGUCUACGAUCCGAAUGGCCUCAGGGAUGGAGUGCAGGGAAGUCACCUCCUCAGUGAGACUUUAAAGUUCCUGUAUCUUCUCUUCUCCAAGGACUCGCUGUUGCCCCUCAAGAAGUGGGUCUUUAAUACUGCAGGACAUCCGCUUCCUGUUCGCUAUAUAAACAACAAGUUCCGCGGCAACCAGCUCAAGCCCUAUGUGCACUUUUCUAUUUAAUUUCAGGUUUUGAUAUCAGAAUCUUAAAAUUAGUGGCUUUCUCAUAUCUACGUAACAUAUAAUUAUUUAUGCGUUGAAUCGAAUUCAAAUUGUUAACCAACAGAAAAAGAUAAAAUCAAAAGCGACAGCGGUUUUCCCUAAAUAAAGUUAUUAAUUGUAUUCUCUUAA